AAUUCGGCUGUGGUUGCUGAACGAGUUGAUUCUGAUGCGACACUUGCUGUGGAAUGUGCCCAUUGCCCAGUAUCUCUGCGAAAGGAUCGGAACUGACGGCUCCAAAGGUCGCAUCCUGUAAACACGCAGUAUCAAGUCCGCUGUUUGCGGACAUCAUUCCGUCUGUCCAGUCCCAGUUUUGAACUUCACCGACCGAUGGAGGUGGUACGUCUAAUGGAUUGACGUGCUGCUGCAUUGUCACUGCGCCGGGAAUGCAUGUUGAGGGCGGUAUCCACAGUUCAGUUGUGGCCGGGAGGUUGUACGAGUUGUCGAAUGGUGCAGCGUAGGUCUGAAGUGUGCUGGUCAUGAUAGGAGUCUGAGUAUGGAGGAGUGUAGAGGGCGCUGCUCCAUGGAGGUUCAUCCCUCCUCCUCCACAAGCUGCUGCUACUCCUGGUAUACUUCCACCAGCAGCGGGCACAUUCUCGUUAUCCAGAUUUUGGAAAAAUUCAUCAGAAGACAUCCAAUUCCCGUCAUACCCAUUCACAUCCAGACCAGCCGACACUCCAUCAGAGUAACCCUGCCACGUCGGAUCGAUCACCGGUUGGUUUUGCCCAACAUUCGUGUUAGUCGAAUUCUCAAAAUCCCAACCGGGGGGAAAGGGUAUGACGGGCGGGGCGGAUGGAUUGUACGCAUAUGCCGGUACAGUCGAUUGAUUCUCCAAUUCAAACGAUGAGAAAAACGCGUCAAGGUCGUCCAUGUCGACGUCUGGGGCUUCGGCUGCGAUAGGCGUUGACGUUGAUACGGACGCGUAGUUUGCAUCCUCGGCUUCAGGGUAGGUCGUGUGCGUUGCUGAGUCUGUGAUAAGGUAGAGGUCGCUGACGUUUGGUAUUUGCGGAACGAGGGUCGUUGAGGAAUGAUGAGUUGGUGUACUUGUUGGUGUGGUUGGGUAGUUUGUGUCGAAGGCUUUCGCAAUGAGCGGCAACGGUGAGGAGUGGAGGGGGAUGGACGAUUUGGAUUGAGAUGCUGGUGCUGUGGAAAUGCAGGUUUACCGGUAACCACCUAUAGCCCGCCAUUCCAAUUCGUAUAUUAGCACUUCUGCAACCAAAAUUGGAUCUAAACGGACUUACCUCAGCACUCUUCGCCAUGGGCGGCACAACAUCGUUCGCAUCUGAAUCCACGUCUUCACCCGGGGCCGGCGUGACUGGUAUAGGUUUCAUUGCCUCUGAUUGUCGUCUUUUACGGGGCGAUCGUCGUUGCUGACCCAAUGUUGGAUCUUGGUUGGUGUCAGCCGUUAUUAGUAUGCUUUUGCGCUUUCCACGCUAGAACGAUAGUGGUGAGCCGCGGUGUGGAUCUGACUAAGCGAUUGAUUGAUAUGAACUUACACCAACUCGCGGCGAUGUCGGGUCAGUGGCAGCUGUUUCACGCAAAAGUCAAAACCGCUGUUUUGGAAACUGGGGAAAGUUUAUAUGAUAACGUACCAUUGCUCAUCACUUCAUCAUCUUUGCCCAUUCCGACAACACUUUUUUUCCUUGGACUCAUCACGGUCGAAACUAUAAAGUUCUCGCUUGCGGGGAUGGAGGUUUGCGAUGGCCCAAUUUGCACGAUAACAGGAAAAUCAAUCACAACGUCAAGAGCUUGGGUCGUUCGUUGGGAAACACCUUGAGUCCCUCUCGGUUUUAUAUUCCAACCCCGCGGAAAAGACUAUCCACGAUGCGAUCGAUAUCACAGCGGAGUUCCAGGUCUGGUAACGAAUUCGGGGGACGUUAUAGUUAUGUACAAACCCUUCUUCUUUUAAGUAAUACACUGGAGUCUUGCUUGUUUAGGUUGCACCAUUCAGAUAUUGUAGACACCAGGAGUGCGAUGACGAUGCUGCAUUGCCUAAAGUGCAGCAGCAAACAACAAAAACCCCACAACAACAAUAAGAGCGUGGAGCCUACGUUCUUCAAAGAGUUGCAAUCCACGAAAUAGACGCGGAAAUGUUUGACAUUUGCCAAUUAAAUAUGCAAAUUCCCAUAGUAGCUUAUGAUCAAUGCAUCAGGAGAAAAUGGAACAACCCAUGGAGAACACACUUCCAACAAUGCUUGUUUACAAAGAUCAUCAUGGGGGCGCAACGUAGUAUGUGGCAAGAUCCCUUACCGAAUCAGGGACCACGGCAGGAACGGGGGGGGGCCCAGUGCGCGCAAAACAUUGCGUAUCGCUGCUGUGGAGACUUUUUGGCGCACAUUGCAACAACAAUGGAUAUGGUAACCCUCUUUCAUGACUUUUGUC